GCUCUUCUAAGAUUCGAACAUCAUUUCAGCGUCACAUAACGGGUGUGAGAUGCGACUGGGCGAUGGCUGACAUCGACAUCAAUCAACACAAUGAAGUUGAAUAUUAUGGACAAUUGUUGUAUUGCUUUGUGUUAGCUGAAUGAGAGUAGCGUUGCGCGUGUGUCGGCGGUGUGAUGACGUCAAAGGCGCGUUUGUCUUUACUGUAAAUGGUUUGGGUUGUUCCGCAGAUGAUCCAUUGUUCGUGAGCUGAUAUCGCUUGUAAAUGUGUAACGGAAGAUGAAAGCUAUUUUGUCCGUGUAACUUAUAGAUCUGAAUGAGUGUGUAAUGAUCGGUUAUAACAUGAACAAUCUGCUUUAGAUUUAAGAUUAAAUUUGUGCUGAGCAAAAAGUGACAUACUGUCAAACUAGUAUGCUGGUUAGUAUGUGUUGACAGUGUUUUGGCUGGGGGUCCGAGUGUGUCAGACACCCAGCCACCCUACAGUACAUACAGUGUGUGUUUGUGUUGAUCCGUCCAUGCCUGUUUCCUGCUGUGGUUCUCUUCAUCACUGCUCCUCUCCAAGGAGCUUCAUCCAGAAGUCAGGAUUCAGGACUUGCGUGAGCCAGCCGUGUGCCAGCACCUCACCAGACAGGCUCACUAUGAUCCGGACAGCUCAAAGUUUGGGGGGAGGUGAGGAGAGAGAUGAGGAGCAGGAGGAUGAAGGAGAAGAUCAAAGAGAUGGUGGGAUUCCCUUCAUUAUUAACAGGGGUGGUCUACCCAUAAACGAGGAGACCUGGGAGAUGAUGUGGAGGCACGUCGCCCGGAUCCACCCGGAUGGAGAGGCAGUGGCGAAGAGGAUCCGGGCGACCAGCGACCUUCCCAAGAUUUCAAUACCAAGUGUGCCUACAUUCCAGUCAAACAGCAGCAUUCCCCAGCGUCUGGAAGCCAUACAGAGAUACAUCAGGGAUCUGCAAUACAAUCACACUGGAACACAGUUUUUUGAGAUAAAGAAGAGCCGUCCGCUCACGGCAUUAAUGGACAUUGCCAAGGAAAUGACACGAGAGUCUCUACCAAUCAAAUGUUUGGAAGCUGUGAUCCUCAGCAUUUACCUCACCAACUGCAUGCCGAGCGUGGAGCGCUUUCCUCUCAGCUUUAAGACGCGUUUCUCAGGGAGUCACUUCCGUCACAUCGUGCUGGGGGUCCACAGCGGCGGACGCUUCGGCGCACUCGGCAUCAGCCGCCGCCAGGACCUGAUGUACAAACCGUUGGAGUAUAAAACACUCGCCGACCUCGUGCAGGAGUUCCAGGUGGCGUAUCGGGGCUAUUGGCACACGCUGUGCAAGGUGAAGAUCGGCCAUUACGUGUCACAUGACCCUCACAGUGUGGAGCAGGUGGAGUGGAAACAUUCGGUUUUGGACGUGGACAAGCUGACCAGAGAAGAGCUGAAGAAAGAGUUGGACAGACAUACGCGUGAUAUGAGGCUGAAGAUUGGAAAAGCUGCCCAGUCAUCGCCCACUAAAGACAGAAAGAAAGAUGUGGGAUCUCCUCUACGGAAUCCAGGCAGUCCCAUGCGGAAAAACAGCCAAAGUGACAGACGGUCAUCAAUGGAGAAGAAGUCUGGAGCUACAGCAGAUGUUAAUGGAUAUCAGAUCAGGGUUUGAGAAGAUUCACAGAGAGUCAAACACAACAACAUCAACAACAAUCCUCAGACCUGACAAUGAGGAGGAAACUUCUGUAAAUGAAAAGCCUUUAUAAGCGUACACACUUAAGAAUGUUCAUUACUAAAACUUUUUCUGUAGAAUAGCAACACUUUUAUCAACACGUCCUAUUUAUAUUCAGCCUGAGCUUUUUAACCUUUAACUCAACUAACCACUUACUAUAUGUAGAGACUAGUUUGAAGUUCAUUUAUUGGGUGCCUUUGUAUAAAUUGUAUUUUCCUGGUGAUCUGAUGAAGCUGUUCAUCUUCCUCAACACACUGAAUUAUUUGCACUUAGAAAGUCAGACAGGAUUGAUUUGUCAUCAUCAUCAUCAUCAUCAGGUUUCAUCAAUGAUCUGAAUCUGAACUAUGAUAGACCAAAUGUUUAUGUGUGAAGUGUAGAAGUCUGAAUCAAUGUUUGGUGUGAGCAGCAGGGUUUUACUGAUCGAUAGAAACAGGGUUUAGUAAUGAUACACCAUCAACGCAGCGUUUAGACACAUUUCUAUGUGAUUUUUAACACACAUUUAGCUUUAUUAGAUGUUAUACACAUCUGUAUUUAAUGCCAAUAUAUACAUUAAAAUGUACACUUUAUUAUUGAUUUUUUUUUUAAAUACAUAUAUCUUGCUCAAAUUAUCUGAGCACAUUAUUCCAAAGCCAAAAUGAAUUGAUCAUCAUUCAAAGUUUGAUUGAUUGAUUGAAUAAGUAUGAAUGUUUCUCCUCUCAUAUACAGACUGAUUUGCAUGUUGACUAAAGUCAAGACGAUUUAUUAAGGAUUUGCUGAUCUAUAGUAGAUAUGGAAUUUGGACAAUAGAUGAUUUGUUUAAUAAUUACAUUUUAAUAUUAGACUACUAGAGAAAAGAUUUUGAUAUAUAAUACACUAAACACUGAGAUGUAGUAGAUCGUAGACACACAAACCCUAUCAAGUGCUCACUACGUGUGUAAAUCUCUUCAAAUAUUGGUGCUGUUAAAUGAGUGUGUCACAUGAAUCACUUAUCAAUCAUUACAAACACACACACAUACACAUACACACACAUAAUGUACACAAACUGUAGUAAUAUAGAGUUGAUGUCACCGUACUGUAACGUAUUGAUUUGUGACACUAUAUUGAAAUGAAGUUGUUUGUAAAUAAAGCUCAAAUGUGUUUCUCAUAUUGAUUAUAUAACACUGAAGUGAGAAAACUGACAGUUGGAAGACAUUUGUGUUAUUAUUUAUCGUAAACUCUGUAUGUGCGUCGUGUCAGUCUUUAUAAUGAAUAGAGGAGGAGUGGAGUGUAAUGAAUACAGUCAAGGCUUUUUGCUUCAUAAGAAUCUGUCAAGUGUCAUCAUAAAUAUUCACACACAAUUUCUGAGAGAGAUGAUUUAA